AUGUCAUCAUCAUCUAAUUAUAGAAAUGAUGAUACUAACAAUUUAAACUCAUCGGGUUAUAGUAGAAGAACUACUGAUGAUAGAAGAGAAUUACCUAAUAGACCAAGAGCAAGACAACAUUAUAAUCAAAAACAACAACAGCAACAACAUUAUGAUCAACAACAACAACAACAUCAUCAUCAUCAUCAUCGAGAUAGAGGUAGGGAAAGAAUUAAUCAUGAAUCGAAAUAUCCAAAAGAACCAAGUUCUAAAUUACCAAGAAUACCCACUGAACCAAGAGGUAGUAGAAUACCCAAUGAACCAAGAGGUAGUAGAAUACCCAAUGAACCAAGAGGUAGUAGAAUACCCGAUGAACCAAGAGGUAUGAAACGUACUCAUGAAAAAGAAUCUUAUAGACCAUCAAAUAAAUUAUCACCUCAAAAUGAAUUGCAAAAAUUACAAUCAAAAUUAUCUGAAUUUUCAAAUAUAGAAUCAAUCGAUCAAAUUAAAGUUAUAGAUUCAAGAUGGGAUGUUAAACCAAAAGGUUUUGAAGAAGUUGGUGCUGCGAGAGCUAAAUUAUCUGGUUUAUUCCCAUUACCUGGAUAUCCAAGACCCGUUGAUUUUACAAAAUUAGAAGGUUUAAUUAAAAAUCGUAUGUUGGAUUCAAAUGAUGUUUUACAUGAUGUUUCUAAAAUUGAACCAAUAGAUUCAAGAUUAGCAAGAUUAUUAAUAAUUGAAGUUGAUUUUAAAAUUAUAAAUUAUUUAAAAAUUGUUGAAUUUUUCAAUGACUAUUUAAAAAUGAUUGAUUAUGAUAAUACAAAUAAUAAUAUACAUAGUAAAAGAAAGUUGGAUAAUAAAUUAAUUAUAGAAUUUAAUAAUGCUGAAUCUGCAACUAUAAUUUAUUCAUUAAAUGGUACUGAAUUAUUAUUAAAUGCUUAUAAAGAAGAUGAUGCAAUUGCUGAAGGUAAAUUUAAAUUAAAAAUAACUAGACCUAAUGAAUAUGUAGUUAGUGAAGAAGAUUCAAAAAAAGUUUCAAUAGUAACAAAUGCAACUCAAGAUGAAUUACAACAAUUGGGAGAAAUUCAAUAUUUACGUCAAAAGGGUACAAAAGAACCAUUAGGUUUAGUAUUUGCAAAAUCUGAUAAGAUACAAGAAAUAAAGGCUCUUCCAUUUGUUAAUGAUGCUUUUUAUUCAUGCCAAGGUAAAUAUAUACAACAAACUCCAAUAACUUAUACAAAAUUGAAAAAUUUGGUAAAUAAUGAUCCAAAACAUGAAAAACUGAAAGUUAUACAGAUUUUAAAUGCCGUUACAAUUAAAGAUUUAAUAGAUGAUGAAAUGUAUCAAUUUAUACUUAAAGAUAUGAAACAUGUAAUUGGACUAAUUGGUAAAAUAAUAUCAAUUAAAAUACCUAGACCUGCUAAUGAUUAUACUCCUGGUUUAUCACAAUUUAAUCAACCUGGUUUAGGUAAAAUAUUUAUUGAAUUUGAUGAUGAAGAAUCUGCAUUAAAAGCUAUAAUGGAAUUAAGUGGUAGAUCAUAUAAUGAUCGAACUGUAUUAUGUUCAUAUUUUGAUCAACAAGAUUUUAAAAAUGAUAUAUUAUAA